ACCUUGUAGUCCAUUGAUGGUUAAGGUCAAGAUAGCAGCUACAAGCUCAGUUCUCGCGGCUCUCUGUACUGUACCAGCAGCGGUGACAAGAGAGUGAGACUUCUCGUAUGUUCCUGUACAUAGUCACGUGACCGACUCUUCCUGUAACGAUGAUGUUUACCAACAGGACAGACAAAGAAGAAAACAGAAGACUACUGCGGUCCAACAAGAACCCGGAAUACACAGAGCCGAUCAAUGGACACAGACAGCAGGUCAGGAGCCGGUCAACUCUUGUGGAGCCUGUCAUGUUUAUCUUUGUUAUGGCGAAAACUCUCUCAGACUCGGUGAUCACCAACCUUCUGGAGUACCGGGUUUGCCAGGUGGAGUUAGGUCUACCAGAAGCCAACUGUUCAGACCCUAUCACCUCCCGAGUAGAGGACAUGGUACAACCCACCACAGCCCAAAUCAUCAUGGGCAGGGCUCUCCUAGAGGCGUUCAUCCCUUCCUGCCUCACAGUUCUCAUCGGCCCGUGGAGUGACGCCAACGGACGUACACCUUUCAUGGUCAUCGCUCUGGGAGGGAUGUCAUUGGCGUAUUUGUGUUGGGGUUUCCUCGCCCUGCUACCCAAUCUCAACCCUUUUCUCUUCCUAUUGGCGUCCUUACCUCUCUCAGGUUCCGGCGGAUCCUGGGCUCUCUACAUGCUCUCUUACUGCUAUGUCAGUGACGUCACGGAUGAGCGCGCCAGAUCCUUCAGAAUGUCGGUGCUGACGAUGGCCAUAUAUUGUAGCCUCAUUUUCGGAUCAGCCCUGGCACCUGUGCUGAUUGCUGUGCAACAUUCUCUCAACCCAUAUCCGCUGAUAUUCUUUUUCAGUGCUUCUCUAUUAAUCAUAUGUACCCUAUACACCCACUGGUACCUCAGGGAGUCAAUCAACAUCGACCUGGGAGGAGAGAAAGCUUUUUUCAAAUGGAGUCACGUCAAAGACAGUUUCUUGACGUGCUUUCAGCGUCGAAGUGGUCAUGCCAGGGCGAUGAUUUUUCUAAUUAUGGCCUCGCUUUCAAUCAACGUCUUUAUCAGUGAAGGAGAAGGAGCAGUCAUGUACCUAUCGCUCAGGGAAAUGUUCUCUUGGCAACUGUCGGAUUUCUCGACCUUCAGCUGUUUUGCUAACGUCACUUCAGGUUUAGGAGCCUUUGCAGGGGUCUGGUUAUUUGCCUCGCUCCUGGGUCUCUCUAACAUGCUUGUUGUCGUCUUGUUGUUCAUAUUCCGGACGGCCCGUUCCCUAAUUUUCGUCUUCGCCCGCUCCGGACUUGACUUCUACAUCGGGGCCGCCGUCGCCACCUUCGUCUCCGCCUACUCUGCCCUCUGCCGCACCGAGAUCAGCCGCAUGGUGCCCAGACCUGACCUAGGUAAGGUUUUCGCACUGAUGUCUUUCCUGGAGUCUUUAACUCCUAUAGCAUCCACUCCUCUUUACACUCUCGUAUACCAGCUCACCUUCCUUGAAUAUCCUGGAGCUGUUUAUAUCUUCUCUACAGCCCUAUGUGUCGUCGCCUUGAUCUUGGCCACUAUCGUUUUCAUCUUGCAAAGGAUAGUAAGAGGGGAUUGCUAUUGUCCUGAUCUUACGAGAGACUCUCACGUACAAACUAUAGACUGAUACGCCUGUGAUUAAGUAUUAUUUUAUAUAUUAUUUAAACAAAAUGUACAUAUCAAUGUAAAUAAAUAUUUUUAUAAUCA